CACCAGCCUCGUUCUUACCAGGGAUCCAAGCCCUGUUAAACUUCCCUAAACUUCCUGCCAACUCCAAGAGAUGCCCUUGCGCAUGGGCCAAAGUCCUUCAACUCCUCCUGUCACCUGCAUGGACCGAGCUUUCCACUUCAAAAGCUAACGCUCUCACUCCUACCACUUCACUUUCGUCAUCGCAUUGUACCCUGCUCCAGACUUCACCCUCUCCACUACAGUUGAAUGCCUUCAAAGACAUAGUCAAUCUAGAGCUGACCGCAAAUCUGGACUGCGGACACUCUGGUAGUCUCACACACGACCUCCUAUUCCUCCAACAUCCACCAACUGUCUCUAUAUUCUAUUCCCUCGACUUGCCCUUCACUGUCGAUCCUCCAAGAAGCCCAACCACUCGUUCGAUCAUCCUACACAUCCUGCACAUGGACAAUUAGUUGCAACCUUUUUCGCCUCGCCUCGCCCGCCCGACAAGAAUUGUCCUUGUGAUAUCUUGGCUGAGUCGAUUGCACAACAAUGCAGCGGCCUCAACGGAGCGAUUCCCUAGACCCUAUUACCCCGAGAGGCUUACGCAGCGUCGGCUCUUCUAGCGAUGUCCUGUCGCAGUCCGCAAGAUCGACCAGGGGCGUCCUCCCUCCCGCGAACCCUCCACCUGCCUACGUAGCUGAAUCCGCCGCCGAAAACCUUCUAUAUGCUGAGAUCGAAGUCCCCGUCAAGAUCUCCCCAGCCGCUCUCAACCUGGUAAAUGCCUUUUUGGACCAGAUCUUGUAUGACAUCCUACAAAAGGCCCACUCAACUACACUGGCCGCUCUUCGAGCUGCUGUCCCGGUUGCCUUGAAGCAGAGACUGGGUAGAGCUGCAGUCAAAGCCGCCGAUGAAGAACUCCAAGACUAUCUGGAUGAAGAAGAACUUGCCGAGUUACAGUCUUCGGCUGGCGUUCUCGACCCCAAGGCCAAUUUUGAUUUGGACCUCACAUGGACUCUGACCAGAUUGCGCUGCAUGGUCUAUGCAAAACUGGGUGACUUGGAAGAAGAGGAUGAAGAAGACUUUCUCGACGAUGAAGACCUGCGUUAUCAUGUUGCACAAGUCAAGGCAGAGAUGAGAGCCUCAGCAAACAUUAGCCCCGCUUCUGCAAUUUUCUUGACCACCAUCUUAGAGUUUUUAGGUGAGCAGUCACUUUGUAUUGCUGCUCAACACGCGAGAAGACGCCGUUCCAACCCCAAGAACCUUGGCCAAAAUCAGUUCAAUGAUGACACAAUCACUCUAGAUGAGAUUGAUAUGUCUGGCGUCGGUAAAGAGGGCCCACUCAUUCGACUCUGGCGAUCUUGGAAAGGUAGUGUACGAGGAAGCAUCUCCUCCAGACCUACUACUCCGAAUGUCAUGUCACCUACUGGGCAGGACUCUCCAACAUUUGAAUGGAGGAGCCCUACCGCUGGUCAGUUCUCUACGAUUCAGGAAGAGCGCAGCCCGUCUGUACAGCCAGCAGCUGAACCAUUUGAGACGUCCUUGCCCGAUACUUCAGCAGUGGACCACCUGGAUGAGGCUGAAGGCGCAAACGCCACACUCGACAGACCAAACAAGGAAGCCUCGCUUAUCAGGCCUGAGCUUGACUCUCGACGCCCAUCGAGCAUGUUAUUAAUGCCAGGAAAGUUUCCCAGAUCCUCAACCCCAGUCAAUGCCGACGAAAAUCGUGAAAGACCACAUUUGCUACAUACCAGAUCACGUUCACUUCCCAAUUCUCCUCCAACGAGCGAAUUUAUUACGUCCCCCCAGCCAAACAGCGUUGAUCAGGUCAAUCACGGCUCAGCCACGGCUCCAGAAGUGGCCGAGUCUGAAGCAACCGAGGAUGAAAGUGUUGCUCGUCAAGAUCCUCGCCAAGGUGCCGUUUACUCGGCCAGGUCCAGUGCUAUGGAUGCGACAGUGGCCACCAUCGCAGGAGCCUUGAGUGUCGAAGCGUCUCGCGGUCUUCGGAGAGAUCAACCUAGUCAGCAAGCGCUACGGUCCCAGUCUUCGAGAGAUGACACCCCUGACAUUGAGAGUGCAGAUGGAGAUGCUCAUGGCCAUGACAAUGUGCCAACAGACGAGGCUUUCGACCCGGCCAAUCCUCGAGACUCGGGAUUCGGGGUUGACGCCCCUGACAACGUCGAAGCCAAUCAAUUUUCGCAGGCUCUUGAAGCAGAACCAAACCAUCCCGUCGUCAAUGGACCUGCUUCUGGCAACGACCUCACUAAUGGAGUAUGGCAACCACAGCCGUCGCCAGACGAAUAUGGUUAUGUGACAAUCGACCGGAGCAAUGAGGUUCCCAAUCGUGUUACGCACUUGGCUGAGGGCGAACGCGCGAUUGACAGCCAGGCUGCCACUGAUUCCUCUCUUAUAGCGUCUGCGUUACCCGCCGCUGCUACCACUGGACUAUCGUCUAGUGGGAAGCAAACCUCGAGACAAUCACCGACAGACAUUAGGUUUCCGCAACAUCUACCUAUGGAACAACAACCUUCUGAACCUCAGCAACACCUGGGCGAUGCGCAUGAACAACCUGUCCGCUCUCAGCCAACCACCUUUCCAACGUCAACAUCCCCUCACUCCCGAAGCGCUAGCGGAAAGGAGGUACGACCGGGCACAGCCGAGACCAGUGUUCCUCGAAAGCAGCACAUUCGCCUUCGUUCUGAUGAUGAUAGCGCAACAAGAAACACUCCUCCAGAAGAGCUUGACAGGGCCAAGAAGAGUCUGGAUCUUCUCAUCGACAGCGACGAGACGCUGCAUUACACCCUGACGCCCGAAUCAGCCCGUGCAGCCCAUGAGAGAUCUAAGGCUAGGGCUAAGAGUCAGACUCAAGAGCUUGCCGAUUUCUUCAGGAAUACUGCUCCUCCUGGAGCAGAAGCUACGCCUCUGAAGACCUCCCGUUCUGCUCGUGACAUUACAAACGGAUUGCGGUACAACCCUGUGGCGUCUAGCCAAUCCACUGCUCCCACUUCUGCGCCACAGCCUGAUGGCCAACAGAAUACGAUUCAACCAAAGCCCAAAAAUCCGCUCGGCGUGCCACGGGACGCCCGAACUACCGGUGACACAGUUCGGGACUUGGCUGACUAUGCUCGAUCUACCGGGCCUGAAAAUGAUCAACAAUUACCUAAGCCUCUCGCAGGUCGUCCUCACACGUCUCAGGCUGUGGCUGAUCGAAGUCAACUUGAAAAAGAGGAAUCAGAUCUCCAUUCCACCCGACCCGCCACGACAGCCACAAAUAAGACUGCGAAUCGAAUCAAGUUCCAAGCUCGCGACGCUAGAGGACCUCGGACGGCUGAAAGCUCUGAUCUGAUAGACUUUAUUCGUGAAGGCCCACCCCGGACUGGAGGGGAACACCGGAUUGAUCGCCGAGUGGCGCCUUUCCGAACCACCAUGGACUCAGAUGAUCUCAACUACCUGGCACCUCCACAAGAUCUAGAAGGAAAAACCCGCAAUUCGGAUGGCAGCGCGCAAGAAAGUGCAGCGACUGUGAAAUCGAUACAGUCGUCAAUGAAUUCGCGAACACCAUUACUCGAUUCCAGCAACCGAGUCAGCUCCAAGGCUGUAAAUGGUAAGCAUCCAGUCAUUGAAGAGACGGAAGGCCUUCCCAAGCGUACCCGCAGAAGGUUACGCGACCCCUAUGCCAUAGACUUUAGUGACGAGGAGGACGAGCUGGAGGAAGAGGCGCCGCAAGCCAGGGGCAGACCUGAUGAGGAGUCACUCGUCGACUUCCUCCGAAACACAGCACCGCCUCCUGGAUCGGGCACCAAACCGAUCUUGGGAGCAACGAAGAAUACCACUGUAUCAGAAAGCAAAACCACGUUGACUAGAUCAGCCAGCAGUUCAAAGCUUCGUGACUACCUUCACAAUGCGACCGGUGGACGAAACGGACACUCUGCAGGCGCGAUGAGCAGCGCGGCUCGAGCAGAGUCGCCCCACCUUACGCAAGUGGGUUCUAAAAUGGACAAAUACAGACCUACUCAGCCAACUCAUGCCGCGCAUGUUGAUCGAAAUCGACAGAAAUCGCGUAUAGAGCCGAGAGAUCCUUCGGUCGCUCAGGGUACUGGCACCGCUGAACUCGCGGCGUACCUCAAGAGCACAGGCCCACCUCCAGGGAGUGAGGUGGCUCCUCAAAAGCUAGUGUCGUCUCCAUCCAAAGAUCAGGCUGGAUUCAUGAAAUUCUUCUCUCGGCGGGCCAGCGUCCGGAGGUGAGAAGAACGACAGUUAUUUGUUGGGUUUUUGGAUAUGUAACAAUGAUGUCUCACCAAACACUAAGUCAUUUGCAACUUCGACAUUAUGCUGCUGCUUAGGCUUGAAGGGUUGAAGCGAAGGAGUAGAGGGAGUUAGUUACGAUGUGGCACGAAGAUUUUGAGAUCUCUUUUGGAUAUGACGUGAAUAUGGAGAGGUAGAAAAUCUUAUGAAUGGAUAGGAGAGACUUUGAGAAUUCUAUCUUGCGCCACCAUGAGUUAUCUGAAUAGGACCUAGGCUGUUCUC